AUGGUCAAAAAAGCUGGUGUGUUAGGAGCUACAGGUUCUGUGGGCCAAAGAUUUAUACUAUUAUUAUCACAACAUCCUGAUUUUGAAAUUCAUGCUUUAGGAGCUUCAUCAAGAUCAGCUGGUAAAUCGUACAAAGAUGCAGUAAAUUGGAAACAAACUGAUAUUUUACCUCAAUCAGUUCAUAAUAUUCAAGUUCAAGAGUGUAAACCAGAAGGGAAUUUCAAAGAUUGUGAUGUGGUGUUUUCAGGUUUAGAUUCUGACGUAGCUGGUGAAGUUGAAAAAGCUUUUGUAGAAGCAGGAUUAGCUGUUAUAUCGAAUGCUAAAAAUUAUAGAAGAGAAAAAGAUGUUCCAUUAGUAGUGCCAAUUGUAAAUCCUGAACAUUUGGAUAUUGUUGAAUCAAAAGUUAAAAAAGCAAAGGCAGAAGGUAAAAACACGGGGUACCUUAUUUGUAUAUCCAAUUGUUCAACUGCUGGUCUAGUUGCACCAUUGAAGCCUUUGGUUGAUAAAUUUGGUCCAAUAGAUGCCUUGACAGCUACAACUUUACAAGCUAUAUCUGGUGCUGGAUUCUCACCAGGUGUUUCAGGUAUGGAUAUUUUGGACAACAUUGUACCAUACAUUAGUGGAGAGGAAGACAAACUAGAAUGGGAAACUAAAAAAAUUUUAGGAUCAAUAAACAAGGAACGUAGUGAAAUAGUGAAUAUCCCAGAAGAUGAUAUGAAAGUAAGUGCUCAAUGUAAUAGAGUACCAGUCAUUGAUGGUCAUACAGAAUGUAUAUCGUUGAGAUUCAAGAACAGACCAGCACCAUCGGUUGAUGAAGUAAAAAAAGUCUUAUCAGAUUACGUUUGUGAAGCAUCAAAAUUAGGUUGUCAUUCAGCACCAAAACAAACUAUACAUGUCUUGGAACAACAAGACAGACCACAACCAAGAUUAGAUAGGGAAAGAGACAAUGGAUAUGGAGUAUCUGUUGGAAGAAUAAGAGAAGAUUCUUUGUUAGAUUUCAAAAUGGUUGUAUUAUCACAUAAUACCAUUAUUGGAGCUGCUGGAUCGGGGAUAUUAAUUGCCGAAAUAUUGAAUGCAAAGGGAUUAAUUUAA